AUGUUCUCGACGGCCAGUGCAGCCAGUGAGAAAUUGACCUACGAUUUCACCUGUGAGGCCAACAUAUCUAAGUGGCAAAAUCUUUUCACGGCUUCAUUACAAAAGGUUCAACGGCAAGUGAUAACAAACUUGACUACAAGAGAUGAGGCCUUGGAAUACAUUGAGAAAUUAUGCCUCCAGCUCCUUUUCACAUUAUGUGCCGUGCCACUACAUACAAUCCAGGAUGUCGAAGAACGUGUCCAGAAGGUGAUCCCAACGUCCAUCAAUGUAUGGACAAUACGGGAAGCCCAGGGUGCCCUCGAGAAGGGCAAAAAGAAUACCCUGGUGCUACCUGUAGAAAAGGUCCACAACCUCCUUGUCAAGGAGGUGUUCCGUUAUAAAGUAGACUUUCAAGUAACCUUGUACAUAGUUGCCGUCUUAGAAUAUAUUGCUGCUGACAUUCUUAAGCUGACUGACAACUAUGUGAAAAAUAUCAAACAUGGCUGUGUGACACAGCAAGACAUCAAUGUGGCCAUGAAUGCAGAUAAGGGUCUGAUGAAUCUUUUCUUUCCUGAUGAUGAUGAUGAUAGCUUAUCUUUAAUGGUGGAAGAAGAGCCAAGUCGGCGUGAUUCAUUGUCCUAUGAAGAAAUUGUUAAAGACUUCAUUCUUGAAGAGAAUCAGUACCUUCGAGAUUUGAAUAUGAUUAUUAAAGUUUUUGCUGCUUCCUUUGAAACAAUUUUAGAUGAAAGGGAAAUGGAGAUGCUGUUCAGUAAUAUAAAAGAUAUCACAGAGUGUGGAGCUAAUCUGUUGAGUUCAAUAGAAGAUCAAAUGGAAAUUGCUGAAGAGAAUGAAGUUCCAACAGUUGGCAUUUCUUUUGUGGAGAUGGCUGAAGAAGAGGAAUUUUUUGUCUAUGAAAAGUACAUGACAGAUAUGGUUUCACCAGAUGGCAGAGAAUUGCUUGAUAAAUUACUACAGCAGCCAACAGUCCUAGAACAUCUUAAAAAUAAUCAUGGUUAUAAUUUCAUAGAUGUGAUCAAAUAUGUACUUCCUAAACUUUUACUUGGACCAAUUUACCACCUGCUUCAUUACUUUGAUGUCAUGAAGGUGCUACAAGAUUUCAGUCCUAAUGAUGAGGACAAGGAAUUCCUGGGACAAGCCCUUGGAUUGAUGGUCAAUCUCAAAACUUCUUUGGAAAAGAAGUUUGGAAACAGUCUUUGCAAACGCCGGCCAUGGGAAACCUCGUUACGUCUGCAGGGUCAAAGUGGACGCCAAGCAGCAUUAACAAAAAUGAAUGAGUUGCAGAAGAGUAUUGAUGGCUGGGAAGGAAAAGACAUUUGGCAGAGUUGUAACGAGUUCAUAAUGGAGGGGAUUCUGCAGAAGUAUACAAGCCGCCGUCCAACUGAACGUUACGUGUUCCUUUUUGAUGGCCUGUUGGUAUUGUGCAAACAGAACUUACGUCGGUCAUCAACAACUGGGCCAACCCCAGAGUACAAACUCAAGGAAAAACAUUACCUGAGAAAGAUAGAAAUUGUUGAUAAGGAAGACACAGAAGAAUACAAGCACGCUUUUGAAAUUCAAGUGCGUGAUCAUCCAAGCAUCAUAAUGAUGUGUAAGAAUGCAGAAGAAAAGAAUAACUGGAUGGCUGCACUGAUUUCUUUACAGACUCGAAGUGUUUUGGAACGGACAUUAGAUAAUAUUUUAAAAGAAGAAGAGAAAGAGCACCCACUGCAGUUACCUCCGCCUUCAUUGUACAGAUUUGCCGUUGAAGACUCUAAUGACAACAUAGUAUUUGAGGAGAAUCAGGAAGCAAGUGGAGAAAGUCCUCUGAUCAAGGGAGGCACCCUCCUAAAACUUGUGGAACGGCUUACCUAUCACAUGUAUGCUGAUCCUAAGUUUGUGCCAACAUUCCUCACCACUUACAGUUCCUUCUGUACACCACAGACAUUAUUAGAUUUAUUGAUUGAACGAUUUAAUAUUCCUGAAGCCGAUGUCAAACAGCCAAAUGAUGAAAAUGCUUCCUCCUGUGAUCCUAACACCCUCUCCUUACGUGAUCUCAAACGCCUUCGGAAAGAGUAUAUUAAACCCGUACAGUUUCGAGUUUUGAAUGUUUUGCGACAUUGGGUAGAACGUCAUUUCUAUGAUUUUGAAAGAGACCAGAGUCUGCUGCAGAAACUGCACAACUUUUUGGAGAGGAUUCAGGGUAAAGCCAUGAGGAAGAUGGCUCGUUCUAUCACAAAAGUGAUUCACAGAAAGGUGGAGAGCAGUAAUACAGAGAGGGGGACAGUCCUGCAGCGGUACCCACCUCCCCCUGAAUGGCAUCUCACACACAAUAGUAACGAGUUUGAUCUCAUGAAUCUUCAUCCUAUAGAAAUUGCCCGCCAGGUGACAUUAUUGGAGUUUGACCUUUAUCGAGCUGUGCAGCCGUCAGAGUUGGUGGGUAGUGUGUGGAUCAAAAAGGAUAAGAACAAAACCUCACCCAACCUGCUUAAAAUGAUCCACCAUUCUACAAUGUUCACUUUCUGGUUAGAAAAAUGUAUAAUUGAGUCGGAAAACUUUGAAGAACGAGUAGCUGUGGUGUCUCGGAUCAUUGAAAUCCUUCUCGUAUUUCAAGAGCUGAACAAUUUUAACGGUGUACUAGAAAUCGUGAGUGCCCUUAAUUCUGCUCCUGUGUACAGGUUGGAGCAUACGUUUGAGGAAAUCCCCAGCAAGCUAAUCAAAGCAUUUGAUGAAGCAAAGGAGUUGAAUUCUGACCACUUCAAAAAGUACAUUGAAAAACUGCGAUCUAUCAAUCCUCCAUGUGUUCCCUUUCUUGGGAUGUAUCUGACCAAUAUUCUGCUAACUGAGGAAGGCAACCCAGAUUUUUUGCCUAACCGACCAGAAGGCAUUAUUAAUUUCAGCAAGAGGAGGAAAGUGGCCGAAAUCACAAGUGAGAUUCAACAGUACCAAAACCAGCCUUACUGUUUCAGGGUUUUAACCUCAAUCAGAGAGUUCUUUGUAAAACUCAAUCCACUCGGUGACCUCAGUGAAAAAGACUUCAAUGAUUAUUUAUAUAACAAGUCUUUGGAUUUAGAACCUCGUGGAGAGAAACAACCCAAGAAAUUUCCAAGGAAGACAGAUUACUCACUGAAGUCUCCUGGCAUCAAGCCCUUAGCCAAUCGUCACAGUGCAUCAACUCGUAAUCCUUUCCAAUUUGUACCAUUCGGCCACACCCGUAUCAGUGAAGAAGAACCAGAAGCAAUAGGUACGCUUCCUGCAACUCCAAAUACUCCAUUAACUCCACCAGCUACAGAUGUCUUCUCAAAUUCAUCAGGUGUCUCAGGAAAUUUCAGCUCCGCAUUCAGUGCUCUCACCUUAACCUCUCCUCAGGAGGAGGAUAUACCAACCUUAUCGCCUCCACCCUUGCCCCCUCGCCAAAGAGAUAGAGACUCUUUAUCGUGUAGCCUGGACUCUGUGCCUCCCAUGCCAAGCUCACAGACACCCCUUGAGCCUCCUUCUCUACCUCCCAGGGACAACCGUGAUAGCAUCCCCCCACCCGUCCCUCCCCGACGGGACAUUGCUUAUGGGUCAUUAACACGUGCACAGAGCAUGUCUUUGUCACGCCCGCCCACCCAUACCCCAUUUAGUUCCACUCUCCCAGGCGAAACUCUGAAAGGAACUAUCCAUCUCCAACAGACUUCAAUGUCAAUGGGGACAACACAAUUCCAGAACUGCCUCCCAAGACCUACAAACACAUUCACACCUGGCAGCAGAUCAGCUCCAACUGAUGCUUGA